AACGCGUCAGAGUUCUGCACUCCCUCCUGUUCUCCCCCACUCGUCCCCUUUUCUCGCGAACGGAUUCCCGAUCCGCGUGCCUCGUCUCCCCCAUUUCCCCUGUCUCCAAACCCUAGACCCCCCUCUCCGAAUCCCUAAUUCGUCUAUUUCUGUUCUCCGAUCUGCCUUCUCCUCUCUUUCCGUCCCCGGAAUCUUUCGCUUUAGUCACGGGCUAGGGUUUCCUCCUCAUCCGGCGAUGCGGUCGAGGGCUAGGGUGUUCGAGAACUGGGAGCGCCUCGUGCGGGCGACGCUCCGGCGGGAGCAGCUCCGGAGCGCCGGCCAGGGCGCCGGUCGGGCCGCCGCCGGGCUCGCCGGCGCCGUUCCGCCUUCCCUUGUUUCCACCAACAUCGACCAGAUUCUGCAAGCUGCGGAAGAUAUCCAGGAUGAGGACCCAAAUAUCGCUAGAAUUCUUUGUGAGCAAGCAUAUACAAUGGCACAAAAUUUGGACCCUAGCAGUGAGGGAAGAGGUGUGCUGCAGUUCAAGACCGGUUUAAUGUCUGUUAUCCAGCAAAAGCUUGCUAUGAAGGAUGGAACCGCAAUUGAUCGUCAACGUGAUAUUGAGAACCUGUGGAAAUUUUAUCUAAGCUACAAGAGGCGUCAUCGAGUUGAUGAUAUCCAAAAGGAGCAAGAAAGAUGGAGGGAAUCAGGAACAUUUAGCACAGAGUUUGAAACAAGGGCUGUAGAAAUGAAGAAGAUUUAUGCGACUGUGUGGGCCUUAAUUGAUGUUUUGGAGUUACUUGUCCGUGAUUCAGCUACUGAUGGAGUGGGUAGACUCAUUAUGGAGGAGAUAAAGAAAAUCAAGAGGUCUGAUGCGACGCUGAGAGAACCUACACGAUACAAUAUUGUACCUCUUGAUGCACCCUCUUUGACCAAUGCUAUCAGCUUCUUCCCUGAGGUCAAAGCUGCAAUAUCUGCAAUUGGGUACGCUCCAGACUUCCCUCGGCUUCCUGCUGAAUUUAUUGCUCCUCAGCUGAGAAGACCAGAUAUGUUUGACCUCUUGGAGUUUGUAUUUGGCUUUCAGAGGGAUAACAUUCAGAACCAGCGUGAAAAUGUUGUUCUUACCAUUGCAAAUGCUCAGGCACGACUUGGCUUACCUGUUGAGGCAGAACCGAAAAUUGAUGAGAAGGCUAUUACUGAAGUUUUUCGUAAAGUUUUGGACAACUAUAUCAAAUGGUGUAGAUAUUUGGGCAUACGGAUUGUAUGGAACAGCUUGGAAGCAUUGAAUAAAAACAGGAAGCUCAUUUUGAUUUCAUUGUACUUUGUUAUCUGGGGAGAAGCUGCCAAUGUUCGAUUUCUUCCUGAAUGCAUUUGUUACAUAUUUCACAAUAUGGCAAAGGAAUUGGAUGCGAUCUUAGAUUCACCUGAAGCUGUUCCUGCAAAAAGCUGUACUGGUAGUGAUGCUUCUGUUUCAUAUCUCAGAGAAAUUAUUUCUCCUAUUUAUGAGACUAUUGCAGCGGAAGCUGCUAGAAAUAACAAUGGAAAAGCUGCGCACUCUGCUUGGCGGAAUUAUGAUGAUUUUAAUGAAUAUUUCUGGUCACCUUCAUGUUUUGAGCUGCGGUGGCCACCAAAGAAGGACUCUUCGUUUCUGCGGAAGCCAAAGAAAGGAUGGAAGAGGACAGGGAAAAGCAGCUUUGUUGAGCAUCGGACCUUUUUACACUUGUAUCGGAGUUUUCACCGCUUGUGGAUUUUUCUUUUCUUAAUGUUCCAGGGGUUGACAAUCAUUGCUUUUCAUGAUGGUCACAUUAACUUGAAUACCUUUAAAGUAGUACUUAGCACUGGACCAGCCUUUUUCAUCUUGAACUUCUUAGAGAGCUGUUUGGAUGUUCUACUCAUGUUUGGGGCAUAUAGCACAGCAAGAGGUUUUGCAAUCUCAAGAUUGAUUAUUAGGUUUUUCUGGUUUGGAGUUAGUUCAACAUUUAUGACAUAUCUUUAUUGGAAACUUUUGGGUGAAAGAAAUAACAGUAACUCAGAUUCAACCUAUUUUCGACUUUAUAUCCUUGUUCUGGGUGUUUAUGUGGCUAUCCGCAUAGCAUUUGCGCUACUUGUUAAGAUCCCAGCAUGUCAUACUCUCUCAAAUAUGUCUGAUCGGUGGCCAUUCUUUCAGUUUUUCAAGUGGAUUUACCAAGAACGUUAUUAUGUUGGACGUGGUCUUUUUGAGAAGACAAGUGAUUAUGCCAGAUAUGUGCUUUUCUGGUUGGUGAUAUUUGUCUGCAAGUUUACGUUUGCAUACUAUCUCCAGAUUAAACCAUUGAUCCAGCCAACCAAUAUAAUUGUAGAGCUCCAUGACUUGAAGUACUCGUGGCAUGAUCUUGUGUCAAGGGGGAACAGAAAUGCUUUGACCCUCCUUAGCCUGUGGGCUCCUGUCGUUGCAGUCUACCUUCUGGACAUUCUCAUAUGGUACACGCUAUUAUCUGCCCUUGUUGGUGGCCUGAUGGGUGCACGUGCUCGUCUUGGGGAGAUACGGUCACUUGAAAUGCUUCAUAAACGGUUUGAGAGUUUUCCUGAAGCUUUUGUUAAAAAUCUCGUCUCAUCUGUAACAAGGAUUCCCCAAGACAGGCAAUUUAUUCAGGGUUCUCAGGAUAUGAAUAAGGCAUAUGCGGCUAAGUUCUCACCAUUUUGGAAUGAAAUUAUUAAGAGCUUGCGUGAAGAAGAUUUUAUUGGCAACAGGGAAAUGGAUUUACUUUCAAUUCCAAGCAAUUCUGGGAGCUUCAGAUUAGUUCAAUGGCCUUUGUUUCUUCUAACUAGUAAGAUCUUAUUGGCAAUUGACUUCGCUUUGGACUGCAAAGAUACCCAGGCAGACCUGUGGAACAGAAUAUCAAGGGAUGAAUACAUGGCCUAUGCUGUUAGAGAAUGCUAUUACAGUGCAGAAAGGAUUCUACACUAUCUUGUUGAUGAUGAAGGAAGACUUUGGGUAGAGAGGCUCUUUCGUGAGCUUAAUAACAGUAUUUCUGAGGGCUCUCUUGUAGUGACUAUUACACUUAAAAAGCUGCCGCUGGUGGUGUCGAGGUUUACUGCCUUGACUGGACUGCUGAUAAGAAAUGAGACUCCUGAUCUGGCCAAAGGUGCUUCCAGAGCUAUGUAUGACCUAUAUGAUGUUAUUACCCAUGAUUUAUUGACACCAAAUUUAAGGGAGCAAUUUGAUACAUGGAAUAUUUUAGCGAGAGCUCGAAAUGAUGGGAGGCUCUUUCAUAGAAUACGGUGGCCCGAAGAGCCAGAAAUUAAGGAGCAGGUGAGGCGUUUACAUCUACUUCUAACCGUCAAGGAUUCUGCUGCCAAUAUUCCUAAAAAUCUGGAAGCUAGAAGGAGAUUGCAGUUCUUUACAAAUUCAUUAUUCAUGGACAUGCCUUCAGCCAAACCUGUUGCUGAGAUGAUGCCUUUCAGCGUUUUUACUCCAUACUACAGUGAGACUGUACUCUAUAGUUCUUCAGAACUGCAGGUUGAAAAUGAGGAUGGAAUAUCUAUCCUUUUCUAUCUACAGAAAAUUUUUCCUGAUGAGUGGGAAAACUUUUUACAACGAAUUGGUCGUGGUGGCUCAACAGAUGAUGUUAUCAAGGAUGACUCUAGUGACAUGUUGGAAUUGCGAUUUUGGGCAUCUUAUCGAGGCCAAACAUUGGCGCGGACAGUGCGUGGUAUGAUGUACUAUAGAAGGGCGCUUAUGUUACAAAGCUAUUUGGAGAGGAGAUAUCUAGGAGGUAUUUUAUUAUUGCUGUUCCCUCUUCAUUUAAGUCUUUCUUCUGGAGUCAAUGACAUAGAUUCUGGUUUACUGUGUAAUCUUUCAGGAGUUGAGGAUGGCUAUUCUGGGGCUGACUACAUUAACACACAAGGUUUUGAAUUGUCUUCUGAAUCACGUGCCCAAGCAGAUCUUAAAUUUACAUAUGUUGUUUCAUGCCAAAUUUAUGGGCAGCAGAAACAGAAAAAAGCUCCAGAGGCUGCCGACAUUGCUCUUUUGAUGCAGAGAAAUGAGGCACUUCGAGUUGCCUUCAUACAUGUGGAGGAAAAUGUGUCAGCUGAUGGAAAGGUUACAAAAGAAUUCUUUUCGAAGCUUGUUAAAGCUGAUGUUCAUGGAAAGGAUCAGGAAAUAUAUUCAAUCAAGCUUCCUGGAGAUCCCAAACUUGGAGAAGGGAAGCCUGAAAACCAAAAUCAUGCUAUAAUUUUCACGCGCGGUGAUGCAAUCCAAACUAUUGACAUGAAUCAGGACAACUACCUCGAGGAGGCUAUGAAAAUGCGGAAUCUACUUGAAGAAUUCCAUGGUAAUCAUGGUCUCCGAUCUCCUACAAUUCUUGGUGUGAGAGAGAAUGUUUUUACUGGAAGUGUGUCAUCGUUGGCUUGGUUUAUGUCAAAUCAGGAGACUAGCUUUGUUACCUUGGGUCAGCGAGUUUUGGCAUACCCUCUCAAGGUUCGUAUGCAUUAUGGUCAUCCAGAUGUUUUUGAUAGGAUAUUCCAUAUAACAAGAGGUGGCUUAAGCAAAGCAUCCCGUGUCAUCAAUAUUAGUGAAGAUAUAUAUGCAGGAUUCAAUUCUACGCUGAGGCAGGGAAACGUCACACACCAUGAAUAUAUUCAGGUUGGAAAAGGUAGAGAUGUUGGUCUAAACCAAAUUGCUCUGUUUGAGGGUAAAGUGGCUGGUGGAAAUGGGGAGCAAGUCUUGAGUAGAGAUGUUUACCGGCUUGGGCAGCUCUUUGACUUCUUUAGAAUGUUAUCUUUCUACAUCAGCAGUGUUGGUUACUAUGUGUGCACAAUGAUGACUGUUCUUACUAUAUACAUUUUUCUAUAUGGAAGGGUUUACCUGGCACUAUCUGGACUUGAUUCUGCAAUAUCACAUCAGGCUAAGAUGCUGGGAAAUACUGCACUGGAUGCUGCAUUGAAUGCUCAGUUCUUGGUUCAGAUUGGUAUUUUUACUGCAGUACCAAUGAUAAUGGGUUUCAUAUUGGAACAGGGUUUAUUACAGGCUGUUUUUAGUUUUAUUACUAUGCAGCUUCAGUUGUGCUCAGUGUUUUUCACAUUUUCACUUGGAACUAGAACACACUACUUUGGCAGAACAAUCCUUCAUGGAGGUGCUAAGUACAAGGCAACUGGAAGAGGUUUUGUUGUUCGUCAUAUCAAGUUUGCUGAAAAUUAUAGAAUUUACUCGCGAAGUCAUUUUGUUAAGGCACUUGAGAUUGCACUUCUUCUCAUUGUCUACAUUGCAUAUGGUUACACUGAGGGUGGUGCAUCUUCAUUUAUCCUACUUACUGUCAGCAGUUGGUUCCUAGUUAUAUCGUGGCUCUUUGCCCCAUACAUAUUCAACCCAUCUGGGUUUGAGUGGCAGAAGACUGUUGAGGACUUUGACGAUUGGACUUCCUGGCUUCUUUAUAAAGGAGGAGUUGGGGUGAAGGGGGAAAAUAGCUGGGAGUCUUGGUGGGAUGAAGAACAGGUGCAUAUACAUACAUUGAGAGGGCGCAUUUUGGAGACAAUCUUGAGCCUCAGAUUUGUUAUAUUUCAGUAUGGCAUUGUAUACAAGCUACAUCUAACUGGAAGUAAUACUUCAUUAGCACUUUAUGGUUUUUCAUGGAUUGUGCUGUUUGCCAUCAUCGUCAUAUUCAAGAUCUUUACCUUAAGUCCGAAAAAGACCGAUAUCCAGCUCUUUCUACGAUUUGCACAGGGCAUCUUUGCCAUAGGACUCAUUGCUGCCCUUGUCGUAGUUGUUGCAGUUACAAACUUGACAAUUCCUGACUUGUUUGCAAGUUUGCUGGCAUUUAUUGCCACUGGAUGGGCCAUCUUAUGUCUUGCUAUCACAUGGAAAAGACUGGUAAAAAGUUUAGGAUUAUGGUACUCAGUGCGUGAGAUUGCUCGGAUGUAUGAUGCUGGUAUGGGAAUGAUUAUCUUUGCUCCUGUGGCUUUUCUGUCAUGGUUCCCAUUCGUGUCAACAUUCCAGUCCCGGCUUCUAUUUAACCAAGCAUUCAGCCGAGGGUUGGAGAUCUCCCUCAUCCUUGCUGGGAACAAGGCUAAUGUUCAAGCCUAAAAAGGGUGUAUAUGUGCUUCACCGCUGAAAUUGCAGCUUCUUCUGAUACUUGGCUGAAGCUAGGCCGCCGCCUCUCUUUUUUCCCGGUACAAGCGAGGCCUUCUUCCUUGUCAGGGCAUGUGCGUAUCUUGUUCCACUGAGCGAAAGAGGGAGGAAGAUGUGAUCUGUUGAACAUAAAUGAUAGUGCUCUAUUAAGUGGUCUCGUCAUGUCUUAGCAAUUCAUAGCAGUGUACAGUUUCUGUUUGAGAUGCCUACAAUUUUGUUGCAAACUACUCUUGCUCUGCAUAUUGAGAUGUCUACAAUUUAUUUCUGCAGUUGCUGUUUCAUUUAUUUCA